UGCUUUCAUUGUUGUAAUGCACUCUCUGGUCUCAAAGUCCCUCCUCCUCAUCUUUGGCUGCUUUGUUGUUGACUCCCAUCAAAGAUGGCGUCGCGCGCCAACUAAACCCACAUCCUACCCGAGUGCAGAAGAAACCCAUAAAAUUGCAUGGUGAGAACGCUCGGUUAUUUGAGUUGUAACCCGAUACCGGCCUAUGUGCACCGCAGCCGCGGGUCUGCGCGCGCUGGACGAUCCGUCAGAGACGCGCGACACGUCCGCAGCUGCUCGAAUCCACUUGAGCCGAAACAGGGAAGCGCUGGAUCCUGAUGAAGCGAGGGGAAGGGGGUGUUGUUCCUUUCUAGAGUAUGUUUCUCGCUAAUUCUACAGUUUAUGGACACUGAAUGGCUUUUCUGAGAGUCACAAGACUGACCAGUCCCACCUUAAGAGCCAGGACUGACCAUGGCCUUUGAGGAGAUAAAGAAGAAAGGAAUGAUGGAUAUUUCGGGGAUGGAAGGAGAGGUCGGUCUUGUUGCGGGUCGCAGCCAAAGAGAGAAGAGGCGCUCGUAUAAAGAUCUGUUAAGAGAGGAAGAAGAAAUCGCAGCGCAGGUGCGCAAAACCUCCAAGAAACACCACAAGGAUUCUGACCUUUUCCUAUUAGGAGGAGAUUCUCACAAGAAAAAAAAGAAGCACUUGAGUGAUGAAUACUAUCACAGAGACCAUCACAGCUCUGGUCAGCCACCCCACAAGAAGAAACGCAAGUCUUCAGAUCCCUCCCUGUCCUCUUCUCACCCGUCCCAGUCCACAGAUACAGCCAUGGGCCUCCUGGAGGCCAUCACCUCCCCGCUGGCCACGGGCUCUGACCCCACCCCGCACUUCUACAAAAAACCCUCCUACCCUCCCCACGCCUCCUCGCACUCCUCCAAAGACCGCAAACAGGACGGUGGCUCUAAGAGCAGCCACUCCUACUCGCACUCACGUCCACCCGGCUCGUCCUCGUCUAAAAAGCAUUCCUCCUCUUCAAAGUCACUGCUGUUCCAUGGAGGAGCUGGAAAAGGAGAGCCGCUGACGCUCUGUGAAGCUGACGGCCUGAAGAUGAAGCUCAUCCUUUCUUCAAAAGAGAAGAACGAAGGUGUAGGGACUAAUGAGGGAUUCUCCUUCCCGGUCCAUUCUUCUUCCUCUUCAGGUGUGGUAGGCCAUCAUUCGUCCUCCAGCUCAAAGAAAGGAGGGAUAAAGAAGGAGAAAGACAAAGACAAAAUGAUGUCGAAGCCACCAAAGAAAAAGCAGCACAGCCGAGAGCCGUUGCCUGUGGUGGGGAAAGAGGUGGAGGUCGUGGGUCAUUACGGCGGCUCUUACGGAGGCAUGGGAGGAGACAGCUCCUCUUCAGGAGGAGAACUAGAGGCCGGCGAGCUGGUGAUUGACGACUCGUACACACAUCUUUCUAAAAAGAAGAAAAAGAGCAAGAAGAGCAAAAAGAAAAAAGAUAGAGAGCGAGACAGAGACAGAGAGAAAGGAUCCAGGGAGAGGAAACACAGCAAAGGAAGUGGAGGGAAGAAAAGCUGUCCAGGUGAUCAGUCUAGAAGCCACUCCCAUUCUCACAGCUCAACCAAUCACAGCUCUUCUGGUGGCAUGUACGCUAUGGCUCCACCCACCUCGUCCCAUCACCAUCAAAGCAUUGAACUGAUGGGUGAGAAGAAGAAGAAGAAGGAGGAAAAGGAGAGAGAGAAACAUGACAAGGACAAGCCGAAGAAGAAGAACACGACGGCCUAUCAGGUGUUCUGUAAAGAGUACAGGGUCAAUAUCAACGCAGAGCAGCCUGGAUUAGUUUUUGGGGAGCUGAGUAAGAAACUCGCAGAGGUGUGGAAACAGCUGCCUGAAAAAGAUAAACUGGUUUGGAGACAGAAAGCUCAAUAUCUCCAGCACAAGCAGAAUAAAGCUGAAGCUAUGACCGUCAAGCGGAAAACCUUAACAACCUCAGACAGUAAAAGUAAAGGCUCCAGUAAAGGUGUCAGUUUAGGAGCAGGAUUGGCCCCUCAGGGCCGCUCGUCUCUGGGUAUGUCGUUGUCUCCGGUGCGGGUACCUGACGUGGACCCCAUAGAUGCAGCAGCUCACCUGCAGCUGCUGGGCGAGUCCCUGUCUCUGAUUGGACACCGACUUCAGGAAACAGAGGGGAUGGUGGCGGUGUCUGGCAGUCUUUCGGUUCUGUUGGACUCUAUUUUAUGUGCUCUCGGUCCAUUAACCUGCUUGACGGCACAAGUCCCCCAGCUCAACGGCUGUCCACGCAAUGUCCUGUCAAAUACUUUGGACAACAUCGCUUACAUAAUGCCUGGACUAUGAAUCUCUUAAAAGGCACUUACAUGAGACUGUGUUACAUUUGGACACAUUCCCAGAAGCACCAAACAGAGGACCAGAGUUGUUUUUUUUUUAACUUUUUCUGAUCAAUGGACAUUCUUAGUCUCUGACAUGUUUUUAAAAAUUGUAUUUAAAAUGUUAGUCAUUUUUUAUUGUACAAAAAAAAAAAAAGAUCCUAUUUUAGAGGACACUUUUGAAGUUUCCCCUUUGUGUUUGUGUUAGCAUUUUAAAUUGUGUUUGUGAGUAUAUGUGAUCUAAUUCACAUGCUUUUUAUACAAAUAUGUGCAGUUUAAUUUUAUGGCCCAGUGUUGUUUUUUUUCUAAUUUAACGUUGACUUAAUUUAUAUCAACAGCAGUUUAACUGCGCUCUCAUCAUUUUAAUGUCUUACAUAUUGUAUUUUUGUAAUGUAAAUGUUGUAAUAAUAUACAGGGGUUGGACAAUGAAACUCAAACACCUGGUUUUAGACACAGUAAUUUAUUAGUAUGGUGUAGGGCCUCCUUUUGCAGCCAAUACAGCAUCAAUUCUUCUUGGGAAUGACAGAUACAUGUCCUUCACAGUGUCUGUGAAGGACAUGUAUCAGUAUGUUUGAUCAAAUAAAUGCAGAGAUUAAGAAACUACUUUCAAAAACUACUUUCAGGACAUGUAUCUAUCCAACACUAUAUUGGCCAGUGUUUCAGUUUCAUUGUCCAACCCCUGCAGUUUUCAAGUUUUAGCACGUUUACAGGACAAGCAUGUAUAAAAUCAUUUUAAAGGUGCACAAAGUAUUUUUUUUUCUUUUAAAAAUGUUUUAUACCUCAAGAAACACAUAGCUCAUUUUACAAAUAUUUUUAUAAUAAUGUACACUUACAUGACAUGAAGACCCCAGGUCUUCCCCUGUAAGCAGGUCCCACUUCAUGGUAGCCACCAUUUUGAAAUCACAUGAACAGAUGAAUACUACUCACAUCUUGCUAACCUAACUUUAUCAAAUAUGCCUGUGAAUAUUUUACAGUGGCAUCAAUUGACGUUUUGCUUGAUGCAGUGUCCAACUUGAUAGGUAUCAGUAGCCGUAAGAUAUUUACUGCACCAACUAUUUAGUUCACCUUUAAAGUGAUCAUUUUAAACAAGUGAUUAUUGGUAGUUUUUAGAAGAUGGAAAAAUAAGUAAAAUAUAUUUGCAUUGAUAUAUGUGCAUUUUGCAUUGACUUAUUUCCAUUAAAACUCAAAGAUCUUAA